AUGUCGGGCCAGGGGCAGCCUCCAGUCAAGGAAGGAAGCAAGCGUGCCGAGGGCGGACGACUCUUUGUGGUCUUGAUCCUCUCCACAUGGAUCGCUGCCCGCGCGGCCUCCAUCUUCUUUGGCCGCCAGACUUCGAGCGACGUUGCAGACUCUUUCGGAUCGGAGAACGCAUUCUACUACUCCUUCUACAGGCAGUUCCUUGACUCGUCCGACGGUUUCCUGGUUGAUAGGUACAGCGAGGCACCAAACUCCAUCAAUGCGCUGCGAAGGUUCAACAUCUACCAGGAGCUGUGUUUGGCGCUGCUGUACCAAGGUAUGCAGUCGUUGACUCCCAGCCUUCCAGCAGCUGCAACCUUCUACUGUGGUGGCGUGUUUGUCUUGUAUGGUGUCGGCGUAUUCACGCUCCUGUGGAUGGCUGGAAGUAUCGAUGCCGCACUGCUGGCGGCUGCCUUGUACAUCAGCUGCUUGAAGGAGUGCAGUCACGUGUCGUGGAUGCCACCUCUGCGCGAGAACUGCGCCGUGCCUCUAUGGCUUCUAAGCUGCGCCGCUCUGCAGGACCUGCAUCGCCGCCACGAGCAGAGAACCGUUACAUUUCGCGAGAAGCUUCCUCUUCUGCUCAGCUUCACCGGAUUUCUGCUGCUUUGGCAGUUCUCCUGCUUUGCCCUCCUACUGCAGGCUGGUGCACUUCAUGCGAUGAUGCUGCUCCAGCUGAUCUCGGUGGAUUUCCUAGCAGUGGUGUCGCAGCUGUACGUGUGGUCCAUCUUGCUCAGCUCCUGUCUCCGCUUGGGAGACACCUGGGCGGUCAGGUCGCCCCUGUUCUGUGUCUCAGUGGCGUCAGUGGUGGCGCUUCGCUUAUACACGGAGCGGCCGAGAUGGCAGGGGCUGCUCCUGGGCUUUGUGUCGUGGGUUGCAGUCGCAGCUUUGCUCCGGCUAUCGCUGCCUCCAUCAGAGGACGACGCACACAUCCAGAGUUUCCUGCUCUUCAGAGUCCAGGGGCUGCUGCACGACGUCUUGCCCCGCCUCGUCGCCGUGCCCGGGAAGCUGGACUAUCAUGCGGCCCUCUACGCCGGCCAGCGGAGCUUCAGCUCGCCCUCGCUUCGGGAGCUUCCAGCGCCCUUGUUUGCAGCAGGCCUUUUGGGCGCACUGGCUAGCAUUCGCUGCGACUUUGCCGCUGCUUUGCGGCUGUUCCUUGGCCUGGCCACUGCUCCGCUCUUCUUCCUCAUGCUGAGAUACCGCAUGCUCUUCUUCCCGCACUUGGUUCUGCUAGGUUCUUCGCUGGCUGAGAUUCCCGUUGGCCGCUUUCGGCGACCGCUGGUCGUGGCUCUCCUGGCCAUGGCGGAAGCGAACCUUUACCGUGCUGGAGUUUCCUGGAGCCAAGGCCACCAGACGCAGAGCAGAGAUGAGGAGAAGGUGGAGCGAGAACGUGUCAUGUCUUGGGUCCGGAACCAUACAUCUCCGGAAGAUAUCCUCAUUGGAGGCAUGGGCACUUCGGCAUUGGUUCGCCUACAUGCGCGCCGGGGAAUUGUGUGCCACCCACACUACGAGUCAGCGCGACUCCGGGAAAGCUGCUUCUGGGCUGAUAAACUUGUCGGCCACAGGAGCCUUGCAGAGUAUCACGACAUCAUCAGCACAAAGUUGCUGAAAGGUGCGAGUCGCCAGGCCUACGUCCUGGUUUCUUUGAAGGAUUGCUUCAGUGUUAACGAAGCCGGCCAAUCGACGUCAGAGUUGGUCGAGAUGGAUGAGCCCUGGAGGUUGACCCAGCCCAAGACUUGCGACUUGCUGUACCGCCUCGGCUUCGACGGGGUGCCCCAGGGCUUUCAGCCACGCUGGCUGGGCCGUUGGUAUGCCUUGCUGGAGGUCCUCGCGGAUAUGAAAGUGCCAGGCAAGCCACUUCAGCCGACUUCCUCUCGAAGGUGCGCUUUGGGCCGGUACCUAUUGGAGGAAGCAUCUGAGGCAGAACAAGCCCGGCCACUGCUGACGUCUCUUUCGCCGAAGGCGUUGCGCAAGCUGCCGGUGGCCUGCAGCUGUGCAGCCGAGAUGCUCGGACUUUCAGAGGUGACGCACGACGCUCACGCUCGUGCUUUGCAGGAACGUGAUGACCCGCGUGCUGGAGCAUUCGGAUGCUGCGACGUCGGACCGAAGUUUGUGGCCUGCCUGAGCGACAAGGCUUUGCGGUUGAUGCGCGAAGCUUCGCCAAGUCUUGCGGAGAUUUACUUCCGGAAAGCUCUGGAAUAUACAUCGACUCCAAGGGCUGCAGGUUUCCUGGCAUUCGCGAGGCUGCAAGCUGGGAUGAACCGAGAGGCUUUGGCGACCUUCCGGCGCACCGCGGAGCUAGAGGGAAGCUCUCCUACUGGGACCACCUUUUGUGGGGAAGCCAGUGCGUCGGCGGGUCUCGGCGAUUUCGAUGGAGCCGCUGAUGCCAUACGGCGUGCCGAUCAUGCGGACAGCAGGCAGAGAUGCAGCGAGCAUCAUGCAGGCCUAAUGCGGAAAGCCUUCGAGCAGCCCUCGCAGGAGUGGCUCAGAGGCUACCGCAAGCUCCAGGAAGCAUGGGGAUCAGUUGGCACGGUGGACGGCUGGAGGCAGUUUCUGCAGCAUCCAGGUGUGGCGGACAGCAUUCAGGCGUCCAUUCGAGAGGGAGCGGAAAAAGCCCGGGUGCUUUUCCUGGGCCGCCCGUCAGUGCAUCUACACAGCGUGGUGCAGAUUCUGCGGGUUUUCCGAGAGGUCCAUAAUCUUCAUUGGCCCGCCGAGUUCUGGAUCGAGGCCGCUGAUGCCUCGAUGCUGGAUGAUGAUGCAUCCCAGCGCCUCCAAGCGCUGGGAGCUGUUCUGAGGGCAGUGCCUUCCCCACAGGGCGAGUUCCCAGAAGAUCAUCCCUUUUGGAGGUGGCAGGCUCGAUUUGCCGUUCACUACCGGCAAAAUCCUGAGGCUGUGUCGAGGCUGAGGGCUUACUCGCUGAAGCCCGUCGUCCUCGCGCUGAGCGAUUGUGACCCUUGUUUCUUCCUGGAUGCCGACAACGUCCCCCUGCGGUCGCCACAGGAGCUCAUUCCGACUUUGGAUGAGUUCCCGGCACUGUUCUGGCCAGACUUUUGGUCUGCCCCGAGGACGGGGUUGUGGUCGUCCUUCCCGGCAGCGAAGUCUCAGGAGAGUGGCCAGCUGAUGCUGAGGAAGACACCCGAGGUCCAGGAGGCCUUGCUGCUAGCGGCGCUGCUGGCUGUGCGCCUGGACAUCUUCCUGGAGGCCAUCUAUGGGGAGCAAGGGCACUUGAUGUGCGGCUAUGGCGACAAGGAUGUCUACCAGCUGGCCUUCCGGCUUUUGGGGGUAAAGUUCCGCAUGGUAGGCUCCUCUGGCCCCAGUGUGCUUGUCACAGCUGGGGGGGACUACGCUGGGCUCGUGCAGCUGGAUGACGACCGGCAGUCUCUCUUCGCCCACGCGUCCAAGGCCAAGGAAAGGCUGUGGCAGCUUCUUCAGGCCGAUGCCUUGCAGCGAUGCGAUCUACAGGAAGAUCAGGCGAGCAACCUCGCCUGCACGUCCACACGGGGAGCCGGGUCGCUUUCCAUUCCCUUUGAUGCGCUCCGGUGUACGACUCUCACCUUCCCGGGCCAAGAUCGCUUGAGACAGAUGUUGACAAAAGUCCGGCUGGCUUGCACAGAGCGUGCAGCUGGACGUCGGCCACACAGCUCGACGACCGGACAUUGCCAUCGGCCCGAGAUGAGAGAUGCAACCGCCCAAGGGGGCUCUAGACUCUAG